AUGGAUUACAGACCACCAAAGAUCCAGAGUAGAACGAGCUACUUUGGCAACGUCAAGAACAGGUUGGGGCCCAAGCUUCCCACAGGUGUCUCUCAGCCUCCACAGUUUACGACAAGAAUGUGGGAAGUCCAGCCCCUGGCCCCAGCUCUGCAUCAGCCCAGUGAGAAGAGGUCCAUGUCAGCCAGACCACUGAACCACAUGCCCCUCAUUCGAAACCCCAAGCUCCGCCAGUACUACUUACAAGGAACUCCGUGGGAAGAAAACUGCACAGAUGUGACAAACUACAAGCAUCACUCCGGGGACACCGUCUUUACUGUUUCAUCCCAGUUCCACCACUCGCCUCAGACAUCUCCCUCUGAAAUACUCAUCCCACGUGAGCUGCUCGUCGUCCCGAAGGAGAAAAGAGACAAAAAUACAUGUGUAACGCAAGAGGAGCCACAGCAAUCAGCAAUGACCAAGUCCAGCCUGGAUGUGAGAGCCAAGAGCGAGCAGUCUCCAUCACCAGAAGCAGAGUAUGACAAGCUCCUGGAUGUGGAGGCCGUGCCCAUGCCAGACGGACAGCUCUGUUUGCUGGCUCUCCCUCCAGAGUGCUGUGAAGGAGCAGACACCACUCCGUACCUGAAGCUGUUCUGCCGCUACAUCACCUACUGCCAGGGGGUGGUGUCCGGGAUUCUUCUGGUGACUUCCAACAAGAUCUUUUUCGACCCGUGUAAGACCCAUCCCCUGGUGAAGGAGCACGGCUGUGAGGAGUACGUCUUGUCCUGCUCAGUGGACAGUCUGGCCUCGGUUUCCUUCUAUUCCGAUAUCACUCACGUUCAUUUCAACACUUUCCAGCAGAGGAGAAAAGGGAGAAACCUAUUCCAAAGGUUAAUACCACAUAAAAGCCAAAGAAAUGAGCAAACAGGCUGCACAGACAUUGUGGCCUCUUUGAAUUCUGCUCCGACUGAGCGAGACGUGUGCGGUGAUGCUGCCACAGAGGAGGAAGAGGAGGAGGACGAGGGCGCCGACAGCAGGGACAUGGCUCAGGUGGAGAGGGAGCUGGACACAGAUCUACUCAGUGGAGUGUUGGAGAGCAGUGCUGCUACAUUCUGUUGUGCUGGACCAGGAGCUGACCUGAGGAGGGAGGACGAGAAGGAGCAGAAUCACGUUCACAGAGGACCGUCGCAGUGCCGUCCUGGAGGCCUGAUGUUUGUGAGACUGCGGACUCAGCUGCCCUCAGGGGGGAGGAGGGGUCUGCCCAGGAGGGACGUGUGGCUCACCCUGUCCCAGGAGAGCUCAGAUGAGUUGUAUGCGUACCUCUCGCAGUGUCGACCGGACCUGUGCUUACUGGAAGGAGCGCAGGAGGAGGAGGAGGACGACGACGAGUUUGUUCUAAUCGAGGACAAGGAGCGAGAGAGUGAGAUGGAGGAAAAUGACCAGAGAAAACUCAGCUCUGGAGAAGACUGGGAGAUGAUAUUAAUGGACGACAGCAAAGAAAGGUUCACCCAAGUUCUGGACCGGGAACCAGAAGGACUUCAGGGUAUCGUGGAGCGCAGCCACAUUUUAGAGGCUUCUCAUGUGAAAGAGCUUUGUAAGGAGCUGCCGGCCAGGACCGUAGGCCAUAACUGGAAGCUAAUCUACAGCACUUCUCUCCACGGAUCCAGUCUCAAGUGUCUGUACCGGAAAGUCAGUGCGUCCGAUUCUCCGGCGCUCGUGGUCAUAAAGGACGCUCUGGAUGAGGUGUUUGGUGCCUUUCUGUCCCAUCCCCUGAGACCCAGUGAAGCCUUCUAUGGCACAGGAGAAACAUUCCUCUUCAUGUUGCAUCCACGGAUGAAGUGCUUCCGAUGGACUGGGGAGAACUCCUUUUUUAUAAAAGGAGACUUGGAUUCCUUCGCAAUUGGAGGAGGAAGCGGUCACUUCGGGCUGUGGGUGGACGAGAAUCUGCUCUUGGGCCGCAGCAGCCCCUGUUUCACCUUCAAUAACUGCUGCCUCUCGGAAACAGAUGACUUUCGGAUCAUUGAGCUGGAGGUGUGGACUUUUUGA